AUGGGGGGUGUAUUAAGUCUUAACAAUAAUAAGCCUAGCUCAAGUCGUGUCUGUGAUGUUCCACAAAAUGAAGCGUGCAAGAGGCUGAGGCCAUCGUCUAGCUUUUGGGAGGAUAAUCCGCGCCUCAUUCCCAGCCUUCCGGAUGAGAUAUCGCUCCAGAUUCUUGCGCGCAUCCCUAGAAUGUGCUACCUGAAUGUUAAGUCAGUGUCUCGUAGCUGGAAAGCUGCUGUCCUGAGCUCAGAACUUUACAAGCUGAGGAAGGAACUUGGAACAACUGAGGAGUACCUCUAUAUUCUCACUAAGGUUGAUGGUGAUAAACUUUUAUGGAAUGCAUUCGAUCCUGUGUCGAGGAAAUGGCAAAGAUUACCACCGAUGCCCCGUGUAGGUGUCGAAGAUGGAUCAAGGAGAGGUUUCCCUGGACUUAAGGUGUGGAACAUGGUUGGUUCUAGCAUUAGAAUUGCGGAUGCCAUUAGAGGUUGGUUGGGGAGAAAGGAUGCAUUAGAUCAUAUACCUUAUUGCGGUUGUGCUAUUGGAGCUGUUGAUGGAAGCCUUUAUGUUCUGGGUGGAUUUUGCAGAUCUACAGUAAUGAAAAGUGUCUGGCGGUAUGAUCCAAUUGCAAAUGCAUGGAAUGAAGUGACUCCCAUGUCUGUUGCUAGAGCUUAUUGCAAGACUGGGGUUCUGAAUGGCAAGCUUUAUGUUGUUGGUGGUGUCACCCGAGGUCGUGGUGGCUUGAGUCCUCUACAGUCUGCAGAGGUUUUUGAUCCUCGUACUGGGUUAUGGUCUGAAGUGCCAAGCAUGCCAUUCUCAAAAGCUCAGGUGCUCCCUACUGCUUUUCUAGCCGAUCUGCUUAAGCCCAUUGCAACUGGGAUGACUUCCUAUAGGGGAAAAUUGUAUGUUGCCCAGAGCUUGUAUUGCUGGCCCUUUUUUGUUGAUGUGGGUGGUGAAGUUUAUGACCCAGAUACAAACUCCUGGGUUGAAAUGCCAAUGGGCAUGGGAGAGGGCUGGCCUGCCAGGCAGGCGGGGACCAAAUUGAGUGUUGUUGUUGAUGGAGAACUGUAUGCUCUAGAGCCCUCAAGUUCUCUAGAUAGUGCAAGGAUCAAAUUUUAUGAUCAUAGGGAUGAUUCUUGGAAAGUGGUUGAAGGAGACAUCCCCAUUCGUGACUUAGCUGAUGCUGAGGCCCCCUAUCUACUUGCCGGUUUGCUUGGGAAGUUGCACGUGAUCACGAAAGAUGAGAAUCAAGAUAUCUUGGUGAUGCAGGCAGAUUGGCAGAACCAAUUAGCAACUUCUGAAUCAGAGACAUACCUUAGUUUAGAUGAAUCUCCAAAGGAGGCAUCUGGAUCAGCACCAGCUUCGGAACCUAAUCUUUGGAAUGUAAUUGCGAAUAGACAUGCCGGAUCGGCUGAGCUGGUCAGCUGCCAGAUCCUUGGUAUUUGA